AUGAAUGAGUGUGGUUGGCGUAUCUUAAUUAUAAAGAACGUCGAAUUUGAAAACAAGACAAACGAGUUCCAGCGUAAAUUGAAUGAAGACAAGCGCAGGAUCAAAGAGAACCCCAAACUAAUUAUUAAAGCCGACAAAACAUCUAAUUACUACGAGCUCACGAAUGAAGAAUACUCAACCCUCCGUGACAAAAACGUACAUAAAACGUACAAGAAAUCUACCGGUGGGAAAAUAAACGAGAUCAACUCUGAAGGGAAGCACAUAGCUGAGCAGCUAGGUAUCAGCGACAGAACCGAACGUAUAGCCGAAAGAGAAUGCUUUAUAACACUGAAAGAUCACAAAGAGAACUUUGAAAACGACCCGAAAUGCCGUCUCAUCAACCCGACGAAGUCCGAACUCGGAAAAAUCAGUAAAUCAAAUCUACAACGUAUUAUACAAACAGUAGCGGCAGCCACUAGACACAAAUUAUGGCGAAAAACUUUAUCCGUAGUGGAAUGGUUCGACAGUAUACCUGACAAGAGUUCAUCUUCAUUCAUCUGUUUUGAUAUCGUGGACUUUUAUCCCAGCAUAUCUGAGCAAUUACUCCACAAUGCUCUCAGUUACGCAUCGAAGUUCCAUCAUAUUUCCGAUGCGGAUAGUCACAUCAUUAUGCACACAAAGAAGUCGUUAUUACUAUGUCAAAACGAACCGUGGGUCAAGAAAGAAGCCAAAGAAAAUCUAUUCGAUAUUACCAUGGGCUCAUACGAUGGCGCUGAGUGUUGUGAAUUAGUCGGCAUCUACCUGCUGUCAGUGAUCAAAGCCGAGUUCGGUAGUCUAUUAAACGUAGGACUAUACAGAGACGACGGACUAGGCGUUACGAAAUGCAGCGCACGAGUCACAGAGAAGAUAAAACAACGUCUGUGCAAGAUAUUUGAGGAUCAUGGUCUCCGUAUCACUAUAGAUGCCAACAAGAAGGUGGUCAACUAUUUGGACGUAACGUUGAACUUACAUACAAGUAAACAUUCCCCGUAUUUGAAACCCGGCAACAUUCCGCGUUACGUACACUCCGGCAGUAACCACCCGCCUUCCAUACUUAAAGCUAUACCAUCAGGCAUCAAUCACCGAUUGUCAUCAAUUUCAUCGGACAAAGAGGAAUUCGUCAAAGCCGCCGGCAUAUACCAAAAAGCACUUGAUGAAAGCGGCUAUAAAUACAAGCUAACAUACGACGAAUCAGCCAAAACUAAACAGAACAGCAGAAGAAAUCGUUCCCGUAACAUCACAUGGUUUAACCCCCCAUAUGAUAGUAACUUAAAGGUUAUAUCAGAUUCCAUGUUCCCUAUGCAGCCUGUAUUUUACUUCCGUGUUCUAGCGAUGGCUUCUAUACAAUGGACGUACAUCCUGCUAUUAACUGGACUGGGUCAUUGCUAUGUAAGCCUAAGCAGAAAACAAGGAACAGUAGCUUCUCAAAGCUCCACACACGAGGGGGGAUUUGAAGCGAGUUACGCCAUUGACGGAGAUAGAACCCAGACAGACUAUCGAAUCUGCUCACAUACAGCUCUAGGACACAACAUAUCUUGGUUCCAAGUGGACCUUGGUAGCGAGUACAGUUUGGAAUCUGUGAAAAUAUACUACAGAAAUGAUACUAAUUGGACUCCAUACCGAUUUCGCCAGUUCUACUUAGAUGUAUCAAACAGAUCGGCGGACUCCACUACAACCUUAACGUCACAGAGAAAACGCUGUUACAAGGACAACACAACCGCCCCGGCCACGCCUCCAGCCGUGAUUGACAUUCCUUGUAAAGAGACGGCGAGAUACGUCAUCGUGGAGACCACGUAUGAUGCCCCCGAAGAUAAUAUCUUGAUAGAGACUGGAGCUGUGCUGGAGAUUUGUGAGAUAGAAAUGUAUGGCUGCAGUGUAGGGAGAUAUGGAGAAUCAUGUUUACCUUGUCAGGGUUGUUCAACAUGUGACAUCAUUAGUGGGGCGUGUCCUUGUGAUACCUGUGUAAAUGCUGCAUGCGAUCCAUUUAAUGAAUACUGCACCAAUGGCUGUAUCACGGGGUACUGGGGAAACACGUGCAAGUCACAGUGUAGCCAACACUGCUUAGGAAACACGUGUGAACAAGGAAACGGAACAUGUACCACGGGGUGUGCUGACUUUCGUUAUGGAUACACAUGUGAACACCAGUGUGGCCCACAGUGUAGUCCCCGGACUUGUGACAUGGUCACUGGAGCGUGUAGUGACUGUAAUGCUGGGUAUCACGGUCUAUUCUGUAACAGAGCAUGUAGUCCUUACUGUAAGUCAGGAACAUGUGAUGCACACAACGGACACUGCACUGGGGGCUGUAAAACAAACUGGACAGGGGGUAUAUGUGACAAAUGUGACGUAUCUUUCUUUGGACCCAAUUGCUCAAAUGCAUGUAGCGUAUAUUGUAAAGGGAACCUGUGUAAUAAUGUAACUGGUUCAUGCACUGAUGGUUGCGAAAUUGGAUAUUACAAAGAUACAUGUAAUAGGACAUGCAAUCCAAGCUGUAAAAACGGAUGUAACAAGAAUUCUGGGAGUUGCGAUAAUGGCUGUAUCGAUGGAAAAUAUGGAAUCGAAUGUUACGAUGUUUGCAGCAUUGGCUGUAUUUCAAACUGUGAGCGCAUAACAGGGAAUUGUAUGUGUAAAAGGGGAUGGCAAGGAGAAAAAUGUAGAGAAUGCAGUCCAACCUUCUACGGCCCGUCCUGUGAGGAGGAGUGUAGUCAUCAUUGUUAUAACGGGACGUGUUACGUAAACAAUGGGUCCUGUAUUGACGGGUGUACUAGAGACUAUACGGGCGACAAAUGUACACAAGGUCUGUAUGAGACUUCACCAGAAGAUCACGGAACCGCCAUUGGCGCCGGAGUGGGAACGAGCAUCUUUGUUGUAUUUGUAGUAGUUGUCGGAGUCGUUACACUCAGACUGAGAAGAAAAAGAAAGGACAGUUCCAAAGCACAAAAAGAUGAAAGAAAAGAAAGCAAAAUUACGUAUGAAAAAGAACGCACAAAUGCAAAUCGUCAAGACCAUUCACUUCCGGGUAAAGACCAUUCACUUCCGGAUUCACAUGUGCAUUUAGGAAAAAGACCAGCAAACCUAGAGACACAGGAAAUUGGAUUAUAUGAAAUCAUGGACAGUGGUAAUGAAGAAAACAACACAUACGAGAAUGAUGUAAAUGCAAAAAGUGUUGCCCCAGUCACAAAUACCAGCAAUGAUGCAUCAGAAGAAAAUGGAAAUGUGUAUCUGGUAAUCAAUGAAAGCCAACUAAACACUUCUCAUUAUGAUGAACUUCAUGUUCAGAAUUAAAUUGUUAGGUCAGCUGAGCCGAAUGUUCAGUUGAGCUUUUCUGAUAAAAAUCUGUCUGUUGUCUGUCGUUGGCGUCAUCGUUGUAAACUUUUUAUAUCUUCAUCUUCUCCAGAACCACUAGGUCAUUUUUUUUCAAUCAAACUUGGUACAGAUUUUCCUUAGGUAAAGGAUAUUCAGGUUUGUUCAAAUAAAGGGCGAUGUCCCCUUCAAAGGGGGGAUAAUCACGAAAAUGCAAAAAUAAGAUGGGACAUUUGAAAAUCUUCUCAAGAACCACUGGUCCAGCAGAGUUCAAAUUUACAUGAAAAUUUCCUGACAAAGUGCAGAUUGAAGUUUGUUGAAAUCAUAUCCCGGGGAUUUGGGUGGGGCCAUUAUAGGAGAUCAAAGUUUUACAUGUGAAAAUAUAGGAUAUUUUUUUUCUUCUCAAGAACCAAUGGAUCAAAAGACUUCAAAUUUACAUGGAAGCUUUUUGCCAUAGGACAGAUUCAGGUUUGUUAAAAUCAUAGCCCCCGAGAGUGGGGUGGGGCCGUAAUAGGGGAUCAUAGUUUUACAUUUAAGUAUACUGAAGAAAUCAUUUAAAAUCUCUCUCAAGAACCACAGGGGGAGAAAAAAAAUCAAGUUUACAUGAUUGAUUGUUUCAUGUUUUCCACCACACUCAACAAUUUUUCAGUUAUCUGUUGGUGCCCAGUUUUUAUUGGUGGAAGAGAGAACCCAGAUAUAAUGUACUUGGGAAGAAACUACCGACCUUCCGAAAGUAAACUGGGAAACUUUCGCACUUACCGGCGCGAGUGGGAUUCGAACCCGUGCCGACAGAGGUGAGAGGCCGUGUGAUUUUGAGCGCGAUGCUCUAACCACUCAGCCACGGGGCCCCCUAAGUUUACAAGAAAGCUUCUUGAUUUACAGUAGUGUAAAUUCAAGUUUAUUAAAAGCAUGGCUUCUGGGAGUAGGGUGGGGCCACAAUAGAGGAUAAAAGGGUAAUACAUAGGAAACAUCUUUUUAAAUAUCCCUUGGACUAUUUAAGUUAGGGCUGUAUUAUUCUGUAUAUGUAUUCUUUACGGAACGAUUUUCCAUGUGAUGCAGUGGUGUAAGAUCUUGUGACAUUGACCUGGAAGUUUGUCAUUUUUAAAAUAAACAUCUGGUCUAUUCAAUAUGCCCUGAACGAUUAAAGAAGAUCUUUCAUAUAUUGUAUCUUUAUUUUUUAUGACAAAACCUUUUAAUUCAUAUAAACACCUUUUGACCUUGAAUUUGGAAAAAACUCACCUAUUCAUUAACUAUAUAUAUUUCAAAAUCUUUCAUUUUAUACUAUGACCUUAUGACGAAGUCUGAUAAAUAUCUUUGUCCCAAUAUAUUUAUCAGGCUACGUCAUAAGGUCAAAGGACAUAGUAUAAAAUGAAAGGUUUUGAAAUAUAUAUGAUCCUAUCAAGGCAGGGCUUUCAUUUUUGUAUAUAGAUUUUUGAUGACAAGACCUGAUGAUACAAUUGUAUUUGAUUUGGUGACCUUGACCUACUUCUUAAAAAAUUUGCCCUAAUCAAUAUCUCCUGAACUAUUUAUAGUAAAGCUUUUAUAUUUUGUAUAUAGUUUUUUUAUGGCAAAACCUUAUACUUUGGUGUUUAGCCUUGUGAACUUGACUAGGAUAUUUGACCUACUUCUGAUAAAAAUCUGUUUUAUUCAGUAUCUCCUGAACUAUUUAAGAUAAAAUUUUGUAUACACAUAUAGAUUUAUUAUGGCAAAAUCUUUCAUAUCAUACCAUGACCUAUGACCCUGUGACCUUGCUCUUAUCCAGAACAGCAAGGUCAUGUCAAUCAUAUUCGUGUUGAGGCAUCGAUCUUUGUGUUAAUUCAUUUUCAGUUAGUUUGUAAUCCUUUAGGGCUAGGUUGGGACAACAAUGUAGGCUCAAAACUUUUUACUACCUUUCUUCAGAUUACCAGCUCCCUGUAUCAAAUUGUAUUUGUUUUUUAUUCGUAUUAUUGUUGUUGUUAACCGUCUAAACACAUGUACAAAUAAGAAUAGCAAACUCAUAUAGCGAUACAUACAUUGUUAAGACAGAGAGAGAGAGAGAGAGAGAGAGAGAGAGAGAGAGAGAGAGAGAGAUGGAAUGAUUACGUCUCAUUUGUUCUAUUGAGCAUCAAAAUUUUCAUUAUCACCAUUUUUAUGUUUCAUAAAAGCUUCUAAAUAGGAUAUUGCCAAACUAAUGCUCAAUGAUUUCUCAGUACAUCUUGCUGUAUAAAUAUAGUAUUUCAACCAAAGGAAAAGAGUAUUUUGUAUAUGCAUAUAAUAUAUUUUUGGUACAAAUUGUUAAGAAUCGAUUCUAUUUUCUAAGUGAAGUUGAAACUCAUGAACAGCAUCACGUGUCCACAGCAUAUAUUCUAUUGUUUAUCCUAUUUGUGACAAAAACUACACAUCUUAGAACUUACAUGUUUUUAAUUUUGGAUAGAAACGAGUUUGUUCUGUUAAUGAUUCUGUAUUGAAACCAAUAGUGUUUGCAGUUUGAUUUCUUUUCACAGGUAAUUUCUGGAUAUUUUCCAUUCUCUGUUAUUUACUGUAUACAGGGUAAUAUUCGCCCCCGUUUUAUUUUCGUCCGUUUCGCCCACGUUGUCACUGGGCAAAUUUAAGCGUUGGCGAAACUGUUUUCUCUCAUAUCUCUUUUAACACAACUAUGUCUGGGCGAAUUUAAAAUGGGGCGAAACUGCCUGCAGGUGUAGAAAGGCGAAAUAACACGGGGCAAAAAUAACCCUGAAUACAGUAUAUCUAACAGCUCACUCCAUCAUAUUGUAUCUGUUGUCACUGAAGAUUUCUUGUUUAAAAGAUGCAAACGAAGUUUGUUUUUUUUUUUUUUUUUUUUUUUUUUUUUUUUUUUUUACAUUUCAAUACUUUGUAUAUUUUUCUUUAAUAAAUGGAUUUGGUAAACUGUCAGAGUUACUGUCUGUCACUUACUUUUUAAUCCAAGUCUUUACAGCAUGAAUGAGGACCUGAAUCACUUAUUUUAGAAAGGUCCCAAAGUCGAAGAACCUCGGGCUUUCAAUUAGCGACAAACCUUCAUCUCUAUUAUGAAUUCUGUCAAAAGGUAUGCCAGACGAUGUGCUAAAUAUAGAAAGAAGAGCUUGAUACCUUGUCAGGAUGGAUAAAGAGCGUAAGAGGAAUAUCAAAAUCAUGUAUU